CCCCCAUCACCCCCUCCUCCCCCUCCUCCUCCCGCCGCUGCCCCUUACAUAAAUGUUUGCGUGCCGUUAGUGCGCUCCUUCCCUGCCGACCCCCCCUCCCCUCCCUCCCUCCCUCCCUCCCUCAGACGCAUCUCAUAUGCACACAUAGACACAGACAGAUCGUACCCCCCCUCUCACCCCAUCACCCCACCCCUCCUCGACCCUCCCCACCCCCCACCCCCACCCCCACCCGCCCCCUCACUAUCUGAUGACUCCCCGGCGCACAGGUGGUACUGAGCCGAUUGUAGCAUCAUCAUCAUCAUCAUCAUCACCGUCAUCCUCAGCGCCGCCACUGCCACCAUCAUCAUCAUCACCACCACCACCACCAUCCUCCCCCUCUUCCUCACCACCACCAGCACCACCAUGUCCUCGUCGUCGCGCAAGAUCUCCUCGGAGUCGUUCAGCAGCUCGGUGGGCUCGGACUGCGGGCUCGAGAGCCCCGGCGGGGACGGGGGGGACGGCGGGUCGGAGCCGGCGGAGGAGAGCCGGGGCUGCCCCUUCUCCUCCUUCCCCUCCUCGGCGCACAGAGCCGCGCUCUGGAACGGCCGCAGCCCCGCGGAGAGGUCCGCGUGCCCGGCGGGCGAGGAGCCGCAAGGACCUCACAAGAGGGUCACCAGGAGGAGGCGUGUGAACCUCGACUCGCUGGGGGAGAGCCUGAGGCGACUGACCUCACCCACGACACAGACUGUUCAGGAAGCUCUACAGCGAACCCUGCAAUUCUACCGACAGCAGGAGAUCAGGUGCCAGGAUGUUGGCGGCGAGGAGAGGCGACGAGACAAGAGUGAGGAGAAAUGUCCGUUUCUGGAAAAUUCUGGAUCAGAGGAAGAUGUCUUACAAAUCCUGCAGUACAUGGCCACUAUCCUGGGAGUUCCGUUCUGUGAGCUGCGAGAGCACUUUGGAGAGGAGUUCUUUGGCCUCUGCUUUGAAGAAAAUGAGCGAGUCCUUCGGGCUGUAGGCGGCAACCUCCAGGAUUUCUUCAAUGGUUUCGAUGCCAUUUUGGAACACAUUCGCACCUCCACGGGGCGCCGGGCCUCAUCUGAGAGCCCCUCCUUCCAGUGCAAGGAUCCCCAUGAGGAGGAGAAGGGAAGGAGAAAAUUGGACAAAGUUGGAGAUCCUGGAGAAAGAGACGGAAGAGGGAAGGUGUUGCUCCUGCAUUGUUUCAACCCGGCCCCCGUGGUUGGAUUGGUAAUGCCGGGCUUGAUCAGAGCUGUUGCCAGGCGGAUCUUUCAUUCUGAGGUGGAGGUGGAAGAGGUGCCCCCUCUAACGCCCCUGGUGCCCAAUGAAGAUACGGAACGCACAGACUUUGACUCCACGGCUCCCACCCCGACCGCGUCCCCCGCCGCCUCGCCCUCCUCGUCCCCGUCCCCGCCCUCUCCCUUUCCAACCUCGGUCCCCACGGUUUGCCUCUCCUUCCAGAUCCAGGAAACGUGCCCUCCUGCCCUCUCGUCCCUUUCAAACGCUGGCUCGGUGAGCAGUAAGCGACCGCCCCUAUCCCUCUCCACCAAUCCCAGCGACCUACGCAUCGGCCUGGCCACGUUUUGCCGUGCCUUCCCUUUCCAUCUCGUCCUGGGGCCUCGCAUGGAGCUUCUGCAGCUUGGAGAGGGACUGAGGAGGCAGGCCCGCAUCGAGCCUCUCCGGAGCCUCCUGUUCAGGGACUGUUUUGAGAUCGUCUCGCCCAAGAUGGAGCCUUCGUUCCAGGGCAUCCUGCUGAGGCUCGCGUCCCCGUUUACCAUCCGUACCAGACCCGACAACACGCAGGCCGGCACCAAGGAGAAGGUGAUGGAGUUGAAAGGUCAGAUGCUCCACGUACCGGAGUCCUGCUCCCUGAUGUUUCUGGGCUCUCCACGUGUCGACAAGCUGGAGGAGCUGAUGGGCAGAGGUCUCCAUCUGUCAGACAUCCCGAUCCACGACGCCACCCGGGAUGUCAUUUUGGUGGGAGAGCAGGCCAAAGCUCAGGAUGGCCUGAAGAAGAGAAUGGACAAACUCAAGGCCACAUUAGAGCGGACUCAUCAGGCUCUGGAGGAGGAGAAGAGGAGAACCGUGGACCUUCUCUACUCCAUAUUUCCGGGCGACGUGGCGCAGAAGCUCUGGCAGGGUCAGCACGUGCCCGCUCGCAAGUUCGACGACGUCACCAUGCUGUUCUCGGACAUCGUGGGCUUCACGGCCGUGUGCGCCCAGUGCACGCCCAUGCAGGUCAUCUCCAUGCUGAAUGAGCUCUACACGCGGUUCGACUAUCAGUGCGGCAUCCUGGACGUCUAUAAGAUUGAGACAAUAGGUGACGCCUACUGUGUAGCAGGAGGGCUUCAUAAGAAGGUGGACAGUCAUGCGAAGCCUAUCGCGCACAUGGCCCUGAAAAUGAUGGAACUUUCUGAGGAAGUGCUGACGCCCGAUGGGAAACCUAUCAAGCUGCGGAUAGGGAUCCACACAGGCUCGGUGCUGGCGGGUGUUGUUGGAGUCAAAAUGCCACGGUACUGCCUGUUUGGGAACAAUGUGACUCUGGCCAGCAAGUUUGAAUCGGGGAGCCAUCCGAGGUGCAUCAACGUUAGUCCCACCACUUAUCAAUUGUUGAAAGACGACCGCUCCUUUUCAUUCGUCCCUCGCUCGCGGCUCGAGCUUCCAGAGAAUUUUCCCAAAGAGAUCCCCGGGACUUGUUACUUCCUGGAGGCAGGGACGUCCCACAGCCACGCCUCGCUGACCAGCUCCCGCUCCGCUCCUCCGGCCUCUAUGAGGAAAGUCUCCUACAGCAUCGGGACCAUGUUUCUAAGAGAAACAAGUUUGUAGAGCCCAAACACAGACUAGCCUGAACAGAUAUUCGGUACGUGAGAGGCUGGGACCCGUGGAACGUGCAGGAAACCAAUUAUACACAUCUUUGGAUAUGCAAAUGCGUUGUGUAAAAACCUGGAUUCAGACCUGUGGGCUCAUCUGUGUGAAUGAAACUUUGAAAAAAAAAAAAAAAAAAAAGAAAAAGAAACCUUUCAUCAUAGGUGAAAAAGAACAACAUGCCCUCAUCUCCCCGGAGCGAAGGAGAUAUGGUUCAAACGACUGAAAAAAAAAAGCAGCGACUGCGCUCAUCUCACACGAAUCCUUCCCCAAGGAUCUCUACUGAUGGACUCAAUUAGCAGAGAACCCUUGAUAAAA